UGCUAUAUAUAAAUAUGCAUGGCAUCCACAGAUUAUUCAGGCCAAACCAAAAAGAAAAAAAGAAAAGAAAAGAAUAGCCACAAAUCUUCAUUUCGACAAGCAGCAGUUUGAAAUUAAAUGGCCCAAACAAAUGAAAAUGUAGUUUCCAUGGAGAAGGAGCUGUUUGUGAGGCAAGUCACAAGAAGAGGAGACCAAGACCAACCUGCAGAAAUUGAGCAAACUUCAAAGAGCAUUAAAAUGCCUGAUUCUGUGGAGCAGGGAGUUAACAAACUGAGGGACGCAGAAAGAAGACUUGUUCCAGCUCCGGAUGACAAUUCAGCUAGAAGCUCAAGAUCGAAGAUCCAAAGUGUUCCUAGAAUUCUCCGAAGUCACAGAAGUUUGGAUAAAUACUUUGAGCCAAGAGUACUAGCAAUGGGUCCUAUCCAUCAUGAUAAGUGCAUUGAAGCAGAGAAACUCAAAUACACAUUGGCAGCAGACUUUAUCAAGGAUUCCGGCUGCACCCACUACCAGUUGUACGAGCAGAUUCUGGACCGCAUCGCUGAAAUAAAGGACUGCUACGAUAACGAAGCAACAAAGUGCUACGAUGAUGAUGAGACACUCGCCUGGAUGUUGUUCAUAGAUGGAUGUUCAACCUUGCAAUUCAUGCACAAAAUUGAUCGUUUGGAAGAGUUUGGGAUGAACAGAACCCAAGCUGCCUUUGCACGGCUCGACUUGUUCCUGCUAGAGAACCAACUCCCUUAUCAAGUCCUCGAGCUGUUGAUGAGCUCAAACACAAAAAAAGAGGAGCUGUUCAGCAGUAUACAGAGUUUGUUGAACUGCAGAUUAUUGCAGCAGAAAAGCCAUUAGACAGGCUACAAAUGGAGAAGCAAGAGGCACUAUUGACGCUUAGAUCUCACGCGCAAGCCAUUAGGGCAGGCUAUUUAUUUAAAGAAAUUGCUGCAGAUUUUCUUCGGCCCACUUUUCAUCUUCCUGAUUAUGGUCACCCCACUUAUCAUCUUCUUGAUUUUCUUCGGGAAAGAAUGCUAGG